AUGGGUAAUAACCAACAUAAAAGUAAAUCUGAAACAGAACCAAGCGAUUUGUACAAAGCAUCUCUGAGUGGUGAUGUGGAAACAGUACGUAGAAUUUUACAUUUCUGUAGGUAUGAUCAGUUGAACAUACUGGAACCGAAUGGCGAUACAGCACUUCAUGCAGCCUGUCGUCAAGGACAUCAUCUGAUUGUCUAUCUUCUAUUACAAGCAGAUGCUUGUCGUGAUCUUCUCAAUACCCAUACAGAAAAAACAGCGUACGAAGAGGCAGCUAACGAUGAAAUUCGUUCCUUAUUCUGUCGUAGCAAAGUCGAACGUAUAAUACGAUUCUAUGCAGUCGGUUAUGAUGCAAUUGAGAUGGCUCUCAUAUCAGAUGCUGAGUAUGAGGCUAACAGAAAUACUCUGAAGAACCAAGCUGUAAUUACAAGUUUAGAUGAUGCAAAACGAUCACGUUACAUGGCACGAUUUAAUAAAUCACCAGCAAUACUUCGUAGUAUAAUAAAAGCAAUGAACGAACGUCGAAGUGUUGAACUAUUUCAAAAUACUCUUAAUGAAGUAGAAAAUAUUCGAAAAAAAGAAAAAUAUGAUGAUUAUUUCAAUCGAUUUAUCCACGAAAAAGAUCUCAAUGCCCUACUGCAUUUAUAUACAUUCAGUGAUCUCUUUAAAGCUAUACGCAAACAUGCUGAUGCCUACUGUACACUUAUCUAUUUGAAUUUAGUAUCUCUGUCCGAACGAGCUUAUCAAGGUUCAAGUUAUCGUGGUAUAACAAUGACUAAACCUGAUAUUGCUCGAUAUUAUUAUUCGUUCAAGACAAAAGGCUCUGUAGUCGAGAUGCGUAAUUUUUCAUCGACUUCGAAACAAAAAUCAGCAGCAGUCAUGUUUUCUGGAUUUGGCGACAGAUUGGAUUUUGGAUUUCACAGUGUCUUAUUUAUCUAUGAAUUUUCAGAACGCUGUCCAACUGCUAUAGAUUUGAGUCGCAUAAAUAUUAAAUUGCCGUGUAUAUCGGAAUAUGAAAAUGAAGAAGAAGUUUUGAUUUUACCUUACACAUUAUUUCAAGUAAUCAAUGUUCGUGAAGAGACGGAGACGCAACCAUUUACAAUUCAUUUACUGAAUAUACACGUACCAAAAUCAUCGUUGUUAUCCUUUAUAACGGGAGAUAUUAAUUAG